CCUGUCACAGGGCUGAAGCAGGAGCUCUUCCACCGGCACAAAGAGGCCCAGCAGUGCUGCAGGCCCCACAACCUGCCACUCCUCCGUGCUGCCCAGCAGCGGGAGAUGGAGGCUGUGGAGCAACGAAUUCGAGAGGAACAGCGAAUGAUGGAUGAGAAGAUAGUCUUGGAACUGGACCAAAAAGUGAUAGACCAACAGAGCACUCUGGAGAAAGCUGGGGUGUCUGGCUUCUACAUCACCACCAACCCACAGGAGCUGACUUUACAGAUGAAUUUACUGGAGUUGAUUCGGAAGUUACAACAGAAGGAAUCCAACUCUGAGAAGGCUUUUUCCUGA